GCCAGGCACUUAUUCAGCCAGGCACUCAGGCGAGUAAGUCGCUGCUCAGCGCUCCGUAUGGUUACGCACUAAAAGUCCCUGUGGAACAUUUUUUUACUUUCUAGUUUUUUGUUGCUGCCUCCGAAAUGAUUGUUUUGGAUUUUUUCGGAACGUACACAUUUUAGGCUAUUGCAUUAUCUCAACGUAGGUGGACUAACUGUAGCGGUAUUUAUGUUCAACCACUUAUUGUUUUUUUUCUAUACGUAUAGCUUUACUUCCAAGAAUCCGUGCGCUUGUCGGAUGUGUUUGCGGAGGAGCUUGACUAAAAUACUCGCGGAGCGAGGGGGACAAUAGUCUAGGAACAUAUUGCGACUUCGCACGGACCAGAGAGUGAGAGUGCAGGAUUCGUAUAACUGUGACGCAUGAAUAGUAGCCUAGACUAUGAAAAGGCUUGCAAUGAUGAAAGUGUGUUUGAAAACUAACAUCACCGGAAGCAGAGCCAUGCUCUCCCUCUCACCUACUUUGUAAUAAGGAAGAUCUGUGUCCAUUGUAAGUGCAGGCUUGAGGAGCAUGUGAUGACAGCCGUGCCUCUGGAGAUGGAGAAGACCGUCACUAAGCUGAUGUACGACUUCCAGAGGAACUCCACCUCAGACGACGACUCAGGCUGCGCGCUGGAGGAGUAUGCCUGGGUGCCCCCGGGGCUCAAACCUGAACAGGUUCAUCACUACUACAGCUCCCUGCCCGAGGGCAAGGUUCCCUAUGUGAACAGCCCAGGAGAGAAGCACCGCAUCAAACAGCUCCUCCAUCAGCUGCCCCCCCACGACAAUGAGGUGCGUUACUGUAACACUUUGGAUGAUGAAGAGAAGAGGGAGCUCAAACUCUUCAGUAACCAACGGAAACGGGAGAAUCUGGGCCGCGGCAAUGUGAGACCAUUUCCCGUGACGAUGACUGGAGCGAUCUGUGAGCAGUGUGGAGGGCAGAUAAACGGAGGUGACAUUGCAGUGUUUGCGUCGCGUGCAGGCCACGGCGUGUGUUGGCACCCUGGCUGCUUCGUGUGCAGCAUGUGUGAUGAGCUGCUGGUGGACCUCAUCUACUUCUACCAGGAAGGGAAGAUCUACUGUGGUCGGCACCACGCAGAGAGACUCAAACCACGCUGCUCCGCCUGCGACGAGAUCAUCUUUGCAGACGAGUGCACGGAGGCGGAGGGCAGGCACUGGCACAUGAAGCACUUCUGCUGUUUCGAGUGUGAGACGGUGCUGGGCGGCCAGCGGUACAUCAUGAAGGAGGGCCGGCCCUAUUGCUGCAGCUGUUUCGAGUCCCUCUACGCCGAGUACUGUGACUCCUGUGGGGAACACAUCGGCAUUGACCAGGGCCAGAUGACAUAUGACGGUCAGCACUGGCACGCCACAGAGGGCUGUUUCUGCUGUGCCCGCUGUAAGAGCUCCCUCUUAGGUCGCCCCUUCCUGCCCAAACAUGGACAGAUCUUCUGCUCGCGCUCCUGCAGUCUGGGGGAGGAGCCUAACGGGUCAGACUCCUCAGACUCCGCCUUCCAGAGCGCACGCUCCACUCGAGAGUCCCGCCGCAGCUCCAAGGCUGGGAAGAACGGGGGCCAGGCGGGGAGGUGUUCGGGUGACGUGGACCCUCUCUCCUUACAGAUGGACCUGCUGAGUCUGUCCAGCCAGACGCCCAGUUUGACCCGCGAGCCGCCCGCAUGGAAGAGCCAGGGACAGGGGGGUGACACGUACCCCUACGAGGGCCGAUCAGACCCCACAGCAACACCCACCCCACUCCAUCUGCUCAGCCAAUGCAACGUCAGAACUGCAUAUAACUCCACCUCCCCCGGGCAGGGCAACCAACCAAACCACAGGUCCAAGGAGACGGGUGUCAACAAGAGGCCGCCCAUCUCAGCCCUGAAAGGCCGCUCUAUGAAUGAGAACUGGUUCCAUCAGGAUUCAGAGGACUACUACCCCCCCAAACUGAAACCCCAGCAAAGCUUUGACGUACCCCAUGGCUUGUCCUACCACAACGGCUUCUCUGACAAGCGUUCGGUCAGUCUGCAUGUGUUCCAGAGGGACGGGGAGGUGGGGCUUCCCCAGCGGGGGCGCAGCAGGAACCCCAUCAGCGCACUUAGCUUCACGGAGCAGCUCACUCCCCUAGAGCAGACACCCAGGGGUUCCAUGGAGUCACUGGCCCUGUCCAACGCUACUGGAACGUCAGCAGAUGGAGGAGGGAAGCGCCAGGAGCACCUGUCUCGUUUCUCCAUGCCCGACCUGAGCAAAGACUCUGGCAUGAACGUGUCAGAGAAGAGCAACAUGGGCACCCUCAACUCCUCUGUCCAGUUCCACAGCUCUGACUCCAUGCACAGCCUGACCCCAGGCCAGCCCUACAUGGAGCUGGAGCCCCCGGUGCAGGUGCAGUACCCUCUGCAGUACUGUGAGCCCCCAAGCCUGGGGAUGGGCAUGAGCCACCUGCCAGCCGGCUUCACCUACCAGGAGGAGGACAGGGUCAGCCUGGUGAGCAGCGCCAACGCUGCCCGCCUCCCGCCCAUCAGUGAGCGCACGCGGAGACGAGGAGAGGGCCCGGGCAUGGCUGCCCCUGAAGACACCCCUCAGCGCCGGAGACACAAUCACCACCGCUCCCGUCGCUCCAGACGCUCCCGCUCGGAGAACGCCCUGCACCUAGCCGCUGAGCGCAGGGAGAGGCCCCAGCUGAGAGUCAGAGAGGACUAUGACCAGUUUCCCCCUCCGCGGGGCGCUAGGGACUCAUUUGGGAGUGCAGGGGGGAGGUGCAGGGGGCCGGAGCCAUUCAGGCAGUGCCCUCGUACCACCUCUGACCUCACCCUGCAGAAGCCCAGUGCCCAUCGCCGUCUCGCCGGGCCCUACUCCUGGGACGACUACGAGGAUGAGGACGAGUGGUGCUCCACCUGCUCUUCAUCGUCUGAGUCGGAGGACGAGGGUUACUUCCUGGGAGAGCCCAUUCCUAGGCCCGUGCAGCUGAGGUACCUGAGCAGCCAGGAGCUCCUCCACAAGUACAGCUCCACAGGGGUGGGCGGACCGCACCAAAUGAGUGGCAGAGGGGGACAGCUGCACACCCGCAAACGCCGGAAAAGCAAGAACUGCAUAAUCUCUUAAAAUUCGCACCAUGGAAAGAGUGAAGAGAAAGUGCCCUCCCUCUCCCAGUAUACACUAACAUAGUUCAUCUGUUCAGAAAAGACAAGCAGACACUCUUCUGAAGUUGUUGAGUAUUGUGAGGUUGACAGUGUUUUGAUAUGCAGUUGGGUAAACCAUUGACAGCACAAAUGUUUUGCAUGUUUAUCCAUUUCAGAACAACAUUUCAGAACAAGUUAUCCUGAUUAUUGAUUAUAUUUCUCUGACUCACACUGCACUCUGCUUGUCUGUCACCAUGUUUAUCAAAGCCAACGUGCAAUCGUAAUAAUAAUGUAAUUUCCAUGCAGCAACAGUAAGGUACAGACAAUUCAGUAAGGUCCAGCUUUUUCAUGCAAUGUGAUUUAGGUAUAUACUAUUGUACUCAAGUUUAUUGGCUGUACUGUAUAUAAGUAAAUGAAUGAAUAAAUUCACUAAAUUAAGGAAGCAAUGUAAAUACUAUGUAAAUGAGGUCCCACAUAUUUUUAUAUUUUGUAUGGAUAGAAUCAUUUAUGUAUUGAAUAUCUAUAAUGUAGGAAUAGAAAAUGCAUGCCUGUAAUUUGUUGAUGUGGUCCUGCAUUGGAAUAAAAUAGUAUUUCAGACAGAGAA